UGAGUGAGGGACGGCAAAGGCCCAGAGCCCGGGCGGGAGGACCCGACGGGCCUGCGUGCCAGUGGGAGCGCGACCGGGUGUAAGAGCUCAAUAUAUGUGGUUGACUAAAUGACCAAGGUGAAGAGUCAAAAAUUUCUGUAUGUUGAGCUUUUCCUACUCCAAAGAGGAAACCUCAUCCAGGGCCAUGAUACCACUUCUCCAUCAUCUGUGUGCUGCUUGGUUAAGCUAAUGCUGUGAGAGCCCUGGUCCCUUGUGGAGAAAUCAAGCUGACUGUUGGCAUGAGGCCCCUGCCUUGCAGGGGUUGAGAGGGACACUGCUAUGGCUUCUCUGGAUGACCCUGGGGAAGUGAGGGAGGGCUUCCUUUGCCCUUUGUGCCUGAAGAACCUGCAGUCUUUCUAUCAGCUUCAGUCACAUUAUGAGGAAGAGCACUCUGGGGAAGACCGUGAUGUCAAAGGGCAAAUUAAAAGUCUUGUCCAGAAGGCUAAGAAAGCCAAGAACAGGCUGUUGAAACGAGAAGGAGAUGACCGAGCAGAAUCAGGAACACAAGGAUAUGAGUCUUUCAGUUAUGGAGGGGUCGACCCUUACAUGUGGGAACCCCAGGAACUAGGCGCUGUGAGAAGCCAUCUUUCUGACUUCAAAAAACACCGAGCUGCCAGAAUUGACCACUAUGUUGUUGAAGUCAAUAAAUUAAUAAUCAGGUUAGAGAAGCUCACUGCAUUUGACAGAACAAAUACCGAAUCUGCUAAGAUACGAGCAAUAGAAAAGUCCGUGGUGCCUUGGGUCAACGACCAAGAUGUCCCUUUCUGUCCAGACUGUGGGAAUAAGUUCAGCAUCCGUAACCGCCGCCACCACUGCCGCCUCUGCGGGUCUAUUAUGUGCAAGAAGUGUAUGGAGCUCAUCAGCCUCCCUUUUGCAAACAAGCUCACCAGUGCCAGCAAAGAUUCCCUGAGUACCCACACCAGUCCCAGCCAGUCACCCAACAGCGUCCAUGGCUCCCGCCGGGGCAGUAUCAGCAGCGUGAGCAGUGUAAGCUCCGUCCUGGAUGAAAAGGAUGACGACCGGAUCCGCUGCUGUACACACUGCAAGGACACGUUGCUCAAGAGAGAGCAGCAGAUUGAUGAGAAGGAGCACACCCCCGACAUUGUAAAGCUUUAUGAGAAAUUACGACUUUGCAUGGAGAAAGUUGACCAAAAAGCUCCUGAAUACAUCAGGAUGGCAGCAUCAUUAAAUGCUGGGGAGACAACCUACAGCCUGGAACAUGCCAGUGACCUUCGAGUGGAAGUGCAGAAAGUGUACGAGCUCAUAGAUGCUUUAAGUAAGAAGAUCUUAACCUUAGGCUUGAACCAGGACCCUCCACCACAUCCAAACACUUUGCGGCUGCAGAGGAUGGUCAGAUACUCAGCUACACUUUUUGUGCAGGAAAAGUUGCUGGGUUUGAUGUCACUGCCAACCAGAGAACAGUUUGAGGAACUGAAAAAGAAAAGGAAACAGGAAAUGGAGAGAAAGAAGAUCCUGGAGAGACAGGUUGUCCUGGAAUCCCAGCAACGGUUUGAGGAAAGGCGGAGUGACCUGGCGUCUCGUGCGGCCAACGGGGAGGUGGUGUCCCUUCGAGGGGGACCUGCCCCCCUGAGAAAGGCUGAGGGCUGGCUCCCGCUGUCAGGAAGUCUGGGGCAGAGUGAAGACUCGGACCCCCUCCUCCAGCAGAUCCACAACAUCACAUCAUUUAUUAGGCAGGCCAAGGCUGCCGGGCGGACAGAUGAAGUGCGCACACUGCAGGAGAACCUGCGGCAGUUGCAGGAUGAGUAUGACCAGCAGCAGACGGAGAAGGCCAUUGAGCUGUCCCGGAGGCAGGCCGAGGAGGAGGACCUGCAGCGAGAACAGCUGCAGAGGCUUUGUGAACGGGAGUGGGAACGAGAGAGGGAGCAGUUCCGGGCUGCGUCCCUACAUACACGGACUCGGUCCCUGGACUUCCGAGAAAUCAGGCCUUUUCGGCUGGAGCCUGGCAGGGAGCCUCGUACCCACCUUGCUUAUGCUUUGGAUCUAGGCUCUUCCUCAGUUCAGAGCAGUGCAGCUGCGGAGACCCCUACCCCCAGCUCAGCUCUCGAGCCAGCCAGAGUGUGGUCUGGACCCCCAGCCCUCGGCCAGGAAUUCUUCCCCCAGAGCAUGAUAUCACAGCAAAAUGAGCUGGCCUCCCUAAACCCCUUCGAUGAGGAAGACCCCUCCAGCCCCACAGCAGAGGGCACUAUCAGCCCUCCUGCUGCAGAGUGUUCCUUUGGCCCUUCAGUCUCCAUCCUCAAAGAAUACAAUCCUUUUGAGGAAGAAGAGGAGGCUGUUGCAGGGAAUCCCUUCACUAACCCAGAUAGUCCAGCGCCCAACCCCUUCGAUGAUGAAGAUGAGCAUCCCCACCAGAGGCCCUCAAGCCCUCCUGUUUCUGGCAACCCCUUUGAGGAAGCCCCCUGUACCAACCCCUUUGAGAUGGACAGUGACAGUGAGCCAGAGGGCGAGGAGCCCAUAGAGGAGGAGCUCCUCCUCCAGCAGAUUGAUAACAUCAAGGCGUACAUUUUUGAUGCCAAGCAGUGUGGCCGCCUGGAUGAGGUGGAAGUGCUGACAGAGAACCUGAGGGAGCUGAAGCGCACCCUGGCCAAGCAGAAGGGGGGCACCGACUGACCCCCCUGACUGUGGGCAGGGCAUCUUUGGGCCCAGGGCCUGGCAGGAGCCUGUGGAGCAGGACUAGGGCUGGUGGGCCCGGUGGGGCAGGAGGAAGGGUGACAGCUACGAGGCACACAGGUCAGGGCAGGGAAUCUGCUGUUUCGUGCUGUGCACUUGGAGGUUUUUCCACUACAGUUGAAUAAUAAAGUGGAAACCAGAACAGGAAGAACCAGCAUUCAUUUGCUGUAUUUCCUGGGGCUUUUAAGAGAAUUUUUUUGUUUUUGUUUUUUUGAAUCGGGUUUUCCCUUUAGAAGGGAUUUUAAAUUUUCAUUACUGAGUAGAACUAAAUGCAGUUCUCUUGGGCAGCCCUCGUGGGUCCACUUGCUCCUGCCUAGUCUUUGGUCUUGAUGCAGUAUUAUAGGGCACUUUCUUUGGCCAAGACAGACUCGUUGGAUUCCUUUAAACCUUACUCUGGUCUGACAGAAGUCUGUCCCCCUGGGCUGUGGGUUCUUUCACCUGGGGCUUCCUCUACCCUUCUGGGUACAUCCCACCUGUGCAGCAGAAGGGGGAGCUACUGCUAUGAAGGCAGUAGUUCAGACCCAGGAGAGCCCAGCACCUCUUUUUAAGAGGGGGUGAUGGGGGGUGAUGUUUUACCAGGGCAUUUCCCUGUCAGUUUAAGUCCUUGUUUGUCUUUCAGGAGGCUGAACUUCAGUGCAGGGGGAUCACUGGGUCUGACCAUGGUCUGUUUAGGAAAUAGGAGUGGUGAACUUUUUGGUUGAUGGAGGCAGUAGUAUUUGGGAGCAGAGUUGUCUACCCAAAUGUUGCUCUGAACGACUGACGGAACAAUUGUCCCCAGCGAAACCUCCCUCUAGAACUUUGGUGAAAUUACUCUGACUUGGGCUUUUUCAGAGGGCCCAGUCUAUAAUUUAGGAUUGGUAAUCAGGAAGCUUUUGUGGAACAUUGCCAGGAGAGUGGAAGCUUCCCUGAGUCAGAAGAUAAAUUAAAAUGAUUUUCAGGGCUAGUUGAUCAGCCUUCUUCCCUUUUGGUUCAUCCUGUCGUGACCUGGGGCACCAGUGGGGUAUUUUCCUACCAAUGUUUAGUAUUAAGAAAUGGAAGUGUUUGAAGAGGCACAACCCAGGAUCAUUCCAGUAGCACCAUAGUACUUGAACUCUUCAUCAAUUAAGGGCAAAAAGGGAAACUGUUAAUUUAGCUCUGGUGCUUUGGUUUACAUAAUCCUUAACUGAUGUCUGACAUCAUGAUACUCAAGUGUGCUCAGCUCUAGGUAGAGUUCCUGCAAUUAUGUGUUUCUGAUGAAAGAACAAUAACUGACCACUAGUCACUUUAUACCCCUUAACUAACUAUGGGUCAUCCUUUCACUGAUUACUGGUGUGAGAGCUGAGAUUCAUUUUGUUACCUUCUGGGAAGACCACUGUUGGUCUUGAGAAUGUUUGAAGAACUGUGGUGUAAAGGUAGUCUGUAUUUUUGUUGACACUAUUCACAUUUCUUUGGCACCUGUUGGAUCUUUGGGCUGAAUGGAAAGAUCUUGCAUAGGGGUGUGGGAAUGGGAUAUGGGUGGAGGGUGUGUGGAGGACGCUUUGCGUUGGGGUUCUGUUCACAAAGGAAUAUGAGUGGAUUACUAAUGUCAACCAAGUUCCCAACCUUGUUGAUUAUUGUGGUUGGGAAGUUGACAACCAGGUAUCUAAAGUAUUGCCUGGCACAGGCGUCUUUCUUCCUUCUCAUGCCCUUCCUGCUGUCGUUGUGGAGGGUUUCAUGGCUGACUGGCAUGCUUCCUACUGCUAGUCUGUCAUUGCUCUCUGAUCGAAGAGGACGACACUCUGCAUGCACCAAAAAGCAGGUAGUUCCAGAAGCUAAAUGCUGCUUUCCAUCAUAGUUACUUUUCUUAUGAGAAUAUAUCUCUUCAUUAGCUAGUGAUUUCAAUUCAGACUAGUUUACUGAACAUACCCUUUUCCUGAAGUCAAUCCAGGUAGCAAUCUGUAAGUAACUAAGAGCAUUAAGAACCACACGUAUAAGAAACAUUAUUUUUAAACUUAAAAAACAAAAAACACUGAAUAUACUAAACCAAACUAAAACCUUCUGAUGUGAUUAAUUCUUCCAUGGGUGUAUUCUUCCAUGAAUUCUUCCAUUUAAUUCUUCCAUGGCUAUAUUCUCCUAUAAUCAUAGGCCUGACCGGAAUUAGAAUUCUCUAUCCCUAACGUUUCCCAGAAUUCACACAGGCACAAAGUUGGAUUUACAGAGAUCGGUUAUCGUCAGGGUAGAUAAAGAUGGCCCAUGAAUUGCAGCCACAGCUUCAAGUGCUUACCUCAUGUGAAUAUUUCACUCUUCCUGCAGUCCUUCAAGGCAAACAGCUCCAUCUCAUGAGAAAAUGAGCAAGUUCCUGAUGCAGCGUUGGCAAAUAUCCCUAGGCCUAAAUCAUGUAUGGAAGAGACUUUGGGAAUUCAGGCGUCAAAUGAAGUUGGCUUUUCUUUUUUACGCCUUGUUUGUAUUUUUCCAUGUCUAAUACACUAAGGACACUUAACUCAU